AUGGCGCCCUGGAACGACGCUGAGUCUGGGCGCCCGCCACUCGCUCCGCGCCUCUUCUCCCGGCUCUCACAAUUGUCAAAGCACUCUUUCCACUCAUCCUCAUUUGAAGCCGACGACGAACGAUCCAGCACCGGCUCGGUGGAAAACUUUGGCAUCAUGAGCCCCGGCCGCAGCAGGAGCAAUAGUGGUAGUGGCAGUAGCAGCUUCGGCGCGAUCCCACCGCGUUAUCCCGGAGACGACACCCGCCCCACCAGUCCCAAGGAGCUCGCCGGUUGGUAUGCAUAUGCAUUUGCCGCCGAAGUCUAUGUAAUCUGUGGAAUCGGCUCUUUUAUCCCAAUAUUACUCGAGAGUCUGGCCAGAGAAAAUGGCGUCCUUCUUUCCGAUCGUAUAUCGCCCUGCGGCUCUAGCUCGGAUAAGAACGGUGGCAACGGCGGGCAGUGCGUCGUCUAUGUGCUCGGUCUAGAGAUCAACACGGCGAGCUUCGCCAUGUAUACGUUUAGCGUGAGCGUCCUGAUCCAGGCGCUCCUGGUUGUCAGUAUCAGCUGCGCCGCCGACCACGGAAACUACCGCAAGAAGCUGCUGCUCGCUUUUGGCUGGAUCGGGAGCAUUGCCGUCAUGCUCUAUAUCUUCGUCUCGAGCAAAUUCUAUCUUUUUGGCGGACUGCUCGCCAUUAUCUCGAACACCUCCUUCGGCGCAUCUUUCGUGCUUCUAAACUCAUUCCUGCCGCUCCUUGUCAGACACCACCCCGAGAUCAUAGACAAGGAAGCCGACCUCAUCCCGAAUGGCCAGGACGUGGAGGAUCACCAAGACCUGGAUGGAGAGACAGCACUGUCCGACUCGACGGCCGCUUUACUGCCACGGAACACACUGGAGGACGGGCACGCUAUCACUCGGGUGCAGACGCGCGAGGAGCUGACCUCGCACGAGCUCACCUUAUCGACGCAGAUAUCUGCCAAGGGGAUCGGGAUAGGCUACAUCGCCGGCCUGUUCCUCCAGUGCAUCGCCAUCUUCAUCCUCAUUCAGAUGAAAAACACGACUUGGUCUCAACGCGUCGUCCUCUUUGUCAUCGGCGUUUGGUGGGCCGUCUUCACCGUCCCGGCCGCCAUGUGGCUCCGUCCCCGACCAGGCCCCCCAUUACCUGCGUCGUCGCGCCACAGCGGCAUCCGCGCCUUCAUCUCCUACACUCUCUACGCCUGGAAGUCCCUGUUCCGCACCAUCCAGCUCGCCCGUCGCCUCGUCGACAUCAUGCUCUUCCUCGGCGGCUGGUUCCUCCUUUCGGACGCCAUCGCCACCACGUCCUCGACCGCCAUUCUCUUCGCCAAGACUCAGCUACACAUGGAGCCCUGGGCACUCGGCAUGAUUAACGUCAUCUCCACCGCCGCCGGCAUCACGGGCGCUUUCUCGUGGUCCUUCAUCUCGCGCCGCCUCCACCUCCAAGCCCACCAGACUAUCCUCGCCUGCAUCGCCCUCUUCGAGAUCAUCCCGCUCUACGGCCUGCUCGGCUACCUGCCUUUCGUCAAAAACUGGGGUGUCUUUGGUCUGCAGCAGCCCUGGGAGAUGUACCCGCUGGCUGCCGUCUACGGCUUCGUCUUGGGCGGCCUGAGCGGAUACUGCCGCUCGCUCUACGGCGAGCUGAUCCCGCCCGGCUCCGAGGCCGCCUUCUACGCGCUGUAUGCCAUCACCGACAAGGGCUCCAGCGUCUUCGGCCCGGCCAUUGUCGGCGCCAUCAUCGACGCCUCGGGCGAGAUCCGCCCUGCCUUCUGGUUCCUCGCGGCUAUCGUCGGCCUACCUGCGCCGCUUAUUUGGUGUAUCGAUGUUGAGAGGGGGCGCAGCGAGGGGGAGAAGCUGGCCGAGAUUAUCGAGGGGUUCAAGGUGACGCGGAGUGCGGAGAGGGAGAGUGAUGAGGAGAGUCGGGCUAUUUUGGACGUUUAUGAUGAGGAGACGGAUCAGUGA